UCUCGCUCGAGCCUCGCUCUCAGAAACUCCCAAUCCAGACACAGGCAAGGCGCUGUCCUUUCAGCACCACGAGCUCGGGCUGAGGAGGGAGGACUCCUGGCCGUCCUCCUCCUCUUCAAAUUGGCUUGAAUCUGCUCUGACCCCCCAAGAGUGCAUCACAGUCUGGGAAGAAAGGUGUAAGGAUGGUGAAGCUGAACAGUAACCCCAGUGAGAAGGGAACCAAGCCGCCUUCGGUGGAGGAUGGCUUCCAGACCGUCCCUCUCAUCACUCCCUUGGAGGUUAACCACUUACAGCUGCCUGCUCCGGAAAAGGUGAUUGUGAAGACAAGAACGGAAUAUCAGCCUGAACAGAAGAACAAAGGAAAGUUCCGGGUGCCGAAAAUCGCUGAAUUUACGGUCACCAUUCUCGUCAGCCUGGCCCUCGCUUUCCUCGCCUGCAUCGUGUUCCUGGUGGUUUACAAAGCCUUCACCUAUGACCACAGCUGCCCAGAGGGAUUUGUGUAUAAGCACAAGCGCUGUAUCCCGGCCUCUCUGGAUGCUUACUACUCAUCCCAGGACCCCAAUUCCAGAAGCCGCUUCUACACGGUCAUCAGCCACUACAGUGUGGCCAAGCAGAGCACUGCUCGGGCCAUCGGGCCGUGGCUGUCGGCGGCUGCUGUCAUCCAUGAGCCCAAGCCGCCCAAGACCCAGGGCCAUUAGAGGCCCACCCCCAGCCAGAAUGGGGGGUGCGGAGGGGGACCCCCUCAUUGGCUAAGCCAAGCUCCAGUUCCAAGACACCACUGUACUCCUGGGAUAUGGGGGUGGGGGCGGG